GCUCGUGUCAAGCUCGCGGGUCGCGCAGCCCGGCACGCACCAGUGUUCCAACGGUCGUCGCGAGGGCUGCCACGCAGGGCCGCCGAGCGUCGGGGGGGAGCCUUCCUCGACCGCGUCUACCCAGAAGAGGGGCAGCCGUCCGGGCCGCCGCCGCGCCCGCCAAGCUUGAAAGUCACCGUUCCCGUAACCUCCAACAUCUUCAAACAUGGAUCUCAAGCUGGCGGUGUUGUGUGCCAUACUCUUCAUGGGCUUGGGAGCUUCCGGAGCCUACAUUAAAAAUCUUGUAACCGAAGAUUCGCCUCCUAAAAGACCCGUUCUGAACGUUGCUACCGGAAACAAUACGAAGAAAUGCGAUUACCUGCAGCUUGCUAAGACUUACACCCGUUGCUCGAUGCCUUUUUACGCUGACUUCAUAAGCGACUCUCUUCAAUCGAACCCAUCAUCGUGCAGCCCACUGAACACAUUCCAGACGUGCCUGCGAGAUGUCCUUGAGAAGACCUAUUGUUCAAACGACACAACGCUCUUGACACCUACAAUUCAGUUCUUUACAAACAAUAUAUUGAGCACUUAUGAACAAGCCUGCAACACUGCCUCGGAAAGAAAAAAUCUUCUUCCUGUUGCCAACAGCGCCGACGCUUCAGAAAAGAAAAACUUGAGUAAUGAUGUAAACUCAACUGUAAGUCACGAUGAUGCUUCUUUCAGUAAGAGCCUGGUUGAAGAAAGUGGCCGGAAGAGCACUACAGCUACUAGUGAAGCAAACGAUAGUAACCACCAAACGCAGACGCUCCCCUCAGCCGAACCAAACAAGAAAGCAUUCAUUGAAGAAAAGCCAGCCUCGGACAAUAAUUCGAAUGCAUUUUCAAACGAUAUGGCAGGAGUGACUAACGCAGACAAAGCUUGGAGGCCAGUCAAUCAAUCUUCCGAUGCCGACGACCGAAAGAGGAUGUCUAUUGACGAUCCCUGCGAGCCUAAACUCAAUACUGGCUACAAGUUCCCUCCGACGUGCGCAAACCGAUCAUUGCUUCGACGGAUGUUCACAUGCGGAGUUUCCAUGCAUGAAUUUAUAUUGCACGACCAACACCCUUGCAAGUGCUUUAUGAACUAUCGUGAAUGCAUUAUGAAAGCAAGGAAAGAACUUAACUGCGAUGGUGGCAAUGAUAAGGAUGACCCCAUUCUUGUCACAGUGAAGUUAAUCGAGAGCUUGAUGCUCAGCUGGUACCAAAACCCAUGCGCCACUUACGAACAAAAUCACAAAGCACGAGCCAGCCUUGUAGGCAGUACUGAGCGCAUUUGUGAUGCGACGAAGGGCUCGAUUGCGUCGGUCGUAUGCUACGCAACUUACUUAGCCAUGACCGAACUGAAGACGCCGGCACCCUGGACAAACCAUAACGACGCUUGCAGCGCUGUCAUCGACGUCAAUAGAUGCCUGGCCGCUGCGGAACACAAAAGCAACUGCACCAACCUUGAAUUUACGAGUCAUUCAAGGAAGUUCCUUAGGGUUAUCACGUCUGGCAAGGAUUUACAAUGCCCAGGGGAGAAUGCUUUGCCGAAUGUACAAGCAUUAGCCGCAUACGUGAAGCCCGGAUGCCAGCGCAGCAAAGCACUCAAGAGAGCUCUUCGAUGUUCAGUAAGCUUCCAAGACCUGGCUGACACGGAGCACGAGUUCACUCCUUCGCAGCCUGUACCAUGCGGACACGUUUCACGGCUCCACACGUGUCUUGAAGACUCGGUUGAAGGCACCGGCUGUUAUGGGGACAUCAACGUUCACUCUGAAAUCAAGCUGUACAAGAAAGUGCUUGAAGACGCCUACGAUGUCCGGUGCCUCGUGGAAGAGCAGCCAGAGGCAGACUUUCGUGCAAAGAACAAGCAACACAUGCUGAGGCCUCAUGCUAAAAAUAUAUACAAUCAAGUGUCCGGCUCCAGUGGGCUCCGAAGCUGGCGGAUUGAUCUGGGUCUUUACGAUAAGAACACCGAGAACGUGGGCUACUACUACGACGACUCAGCGGAAGGACGCAAGGCCGUUUUCGCUGGUCCCAGGAUCAUAGCGAUGCACCCCGACGACUCGGAGUAUAGCGACUAUGACCGUUCGGACACCCUUUACCAGAAGGCGCGCGACUCCAACGCCCCGAAUGGUUGGCGGCCACUGGCGAUGCGCCUCGAAGAACACGCUUCCACGACGUCCAAGGUCGCGGACGCAGCGGCGGUCGACAUCUCAUCGAAUGACACUACCCCACAGACCCUGUUGCAGUUCUUCAAACCAGAAAACAACGUAGAAACUGUGCCGAGGGCGCGCUCCGCAGAGCUCCAGAAGGUCGAGCAGAUUGCCAAGAAGGCUCGUGGAAAGAAGGCCACUGGAGAAGAUGACUACUUCUUCGGGAACGACUACGUCGAAAAUUCGGAGCUUGCAAUGUUCCCCAACGGGCUCGAUAUGUUCCGUCACUUCAGAGGAGGCGCACUGGCCAAGAUGGAGAACGUCGUAUCUGUUAACAAGUCUGAGCUGGGCGCCAAUGAGUGCCCGGCCGAAAAGGUCAAGCUGGCGCUCGGUCUCUGCAAUGCGACCUUGAGGGGGCUUCUACUCCGUUGGCCAAACGUCAGCGAUGUGGGUCUGCCCCUGGACGGCAGCAGCGCAGGAGUUAAGCAGUUCUGCAGCGACCUGAACUCCUACAGGGGGUGCCUGGCCGCGGUCCUGAAGGCUUACAACUGCAGCCACAUGCAGGCAAUCAACGGAGUCUUUGAGGCAUACAGAAAGAAGAUGCGGCUUCCUUACUGCGCCUCCUCCGGUAGCUGGACCCGCGCAGCAGUGUCCACUUUAUUUGUUGGCCUGCUGGCGAACGUUGUGAAGCAAUACAUUUAAUCAUAAGGACCAAGAAGGCCGAUUAAAUUUCACAUUUUUCGAGCUAUUA